AUGUCGCUGAGAGGUAAGGACACUAAGCUCAGCGGUUCUAGUACAUCCCCAAACUUCACGAGAACUUCCCAUCAUAAUACAACACAUCAGCAAACAUCUUUCGAAUCUACAACUACUUCCAUGAGACAUCGUGAUCUCACGCAAGUACCCACGGAAUGUUUGCCAAUCAAGAACCUGUUUGUUUCCAUCCUGUUCAAGAGGUUGGAUUCAAUUUUACCUUACAAGUCAGGCUUUUCAAUUGCUCAGGUUUUGGCUGAUCCCUAUUAUAUCCAAUUGAAAUCGCAUAUACUCAAAUUAAUCUCUCAACAGCGCCUCAUCAAUGAUAUAAUUUCUGCUGUUUACAACUCUCUAGUGAAGGUCCUGCAUCGGCACAAGAAAUCAAGUUUAUACAACCAAAGUACCGAUAUAUUGAACUCAAUCUAUAUCCUGAUUUUCCUAUUAUCGAGCUCUUUGAAUGCCAUGAAAUCCAAGAAAUACUCGAACCAUCCUAAUUUGCGGUUGUUCCAAGUAGCAGAAUUGACUAGUACUUCCCAACUACUCUAUUCUUCGAACAUUUUGGCACCCCCAGAUAUUGUCUUGGAUGAUGAAAUAAGCACAAAGCUAUUGAGAUUAUUGUUGGGUCUGGAGAAUGACUCGGCUUGCUUGUCUACCUUGUAUGAAAUUACUUUACCAGUAGAAUCAAGCUUAAAAUCUUCGAAUUUGACUCAGCCAAUCUCGGAUGCUUUGACGUCAAAUUAUAAUUUUAACUCGAUGUCCUUCAACGAAACCGCAAUAUUAUCAAAUUCAAGUCAGUCUAAUCAAUCAUCAGCUUCGAGCCAUUCGUCCUCUUCGAUUAUGUCAAAUUCAACAUCUAAUACUUCAUCAAGCUCUACACCCAUUUCUACCUUACUUGAUAAUCCAGUCUACCAAUCGACAGUGCUUAAUGAUCAUAGAGAAGUUAGGAGUAUAUUGGAAGAAAAAUCAAAAUUGGCUAAAUUUGGCCUAAUAAAUUUGAUUGAUCAGGCUAUAUCCUCUGUUUUGUUCUAUAUAUCUGCCUCUAAUCCAUCAAGAUAUUUAGACUUCCAGAAGGCCAUUUUUAAGAGAAUCAACGUUGAAAGCUUAUAUAUAAAAGGUUCUCACAUGAUUCAAUACACCUUUCUAUCGGUUAAAACCUUUAACCCUAAUUUACAGUUUAUCAGGGACAUACUAAAUAGUACUAGGAGAGAUUCUCAAAGGAGCUUAAUACUUCGUUUUUUUGCAGAGUCUAUCCUAAGUUGGGCAUUAUAUCGAACAGAUGAUUUUUUGCAAGUGUUUGACCAUCCCAACACUUGCAAAAAUGCCGAAAGUCUAUUUGAUAUUAUUCAUAAACAGAUUGAAAUAAGAUACUCACCUCGAGUCUACUAUUGCAUUUUGGGCUGUUUAAUGCUUUUUCAGUCAAAAACUAUAUCUAGGUUCAUCGAGUCCAAGUCGAACAAAUCUACUACGCAAGCUUUGAAAAGGUCGAUUUCACAUGUCACCAAACUGAACUCAAGCAAGCAAAAAUUCUUGAAUGACUUCUCUCAGUUGGUCACAAAGUCUCCAGAAAACGCAAGGCCUUUUAUACAUUUCCUACUUGUUGGAUUUUCAGUGGGACAACAUGAUAAAGAACAUCCCUUAUAUAAAUUUGUUGUGUUCAUGAGAGAACCAAUGACCAAGUUUUUAAGUCUAUAUGAUCAGGAACAUUCACAAAACAAACUUCCUCAACUUGCCUCUUUGUCUCCUCAUUCAACCUUUUCAUCAUUACCGAAAUUGACCACAUUUAAUUCCUCGACUUCAACUUCUAGUACAAACACAAAUUCAAACCUGAAGGAUGACCAUUCUAUGCAGCGUGGACAUUCAGGUCGACAAGAUCAGCAGAUCGAACAUUGUUUUGAUAGGUCGAGCGAUAUUGAUUUCAAGUCGAAAAUUGUUCAUGAACUACAAGUAGGGGUUUGUAGCAUCUAUGCGACUAUCAAUACCACUCAAUUGAAGUCAUCAAUCUCGGCAAUUUUUAGUUCAAAUGGUUAUGCAAUGAAUCUGCUGUCAUUAUAUACAGGUUCUUUUCGUUUGUUGAUUAUCUUGCCCUCGUUAAAUAAAAAAAUUUUAUGGCUACUACAAAACCUUUCUUGUUUAUCAAUAAAGGUUCUAACCUUGUUGGCUGAUAGAUCCCUGGAAAUUUAUCUGAACGUAUUGGAUAUGGAUCCUUCUCAACAAGAUACACCACCAACUUCUUACAGAAUGACACCAACUUCUUCUUCCAUUUCAUCAUUAUCGGAAGUAAAUAGACGUUCUUCAGAUGCCAGUAAAUCUUCGUCUUUUGCAAUGCCAUCUUCGAAUCUUGCCUCCCCAACAACUAAUAUAGGUAGAUUGAAGUCUCCCAUCUCAAUUAAUAGAAGUUCAAAAAAUAGCUCUCCUAUUUCAGCCUCUCCGCAGUAUUACAAAAAACAAGGUCUAUCUUUAACUUGUGUUGAUAAUGACGAAAGCUCUAUCGACUCUAACGAGGAUGACUUUGACUACACAUCUUUUCACCAUAAGGACUCCUUAAUGGAUGAGCUCAAUUUUAAGGAACCUAUAGAUUUCACAUCUUUAGCUAAGAAUAUAUCCAUGUGCGAUCCAAGGAUUAUUAAGGAAAAUCUUAUAAACUUACUAGUGACCCAUGCUUUUUGUCCUGCGAUUUGCUAUCCUGAGGUUAAUACUAGUUCAAAUAGCAAUGGCUUAAUAGAUUUUUACGCAUUUGAGAGAACAUUUAAGAAGUUCAUAGAUAGAAUUGCUAGGUUGCUUUUGUUUGAGGAUAAAGAGAUAUUAAUGGCGACUGAGAUGUUCUUAUUAAGUUUCUGUGAUACUGUGAGCAGUAAUAAUGCAUUGACGGUAUUCACCUCUUAUAUCGGGACUUCAGUUUUGGUUGACGCGGUAUCUGCCAUUGGAUUAUCUCCAGAAAUUACAAAUGAAAAAAGGAAUAGAAUUAUCAAACUCAUUUUGAAGCUACUUGAACAAAGAUACGAAAAUGCAAAUUUAAAGUUGAUGUACGACCAUAGGCACAUGAUUGAUACCGUACAUAAAACACAAUCAUGUCGGAGAAUAAUUAAAAAUUUUGAAAGAAUUGUGUUUGUCGGUUUAUUCUCGAGUAAUAUUGAAACCAUCAGAUGCUCGAAAAGAGUACUUCAGUUUUACAUUUUUGUCAUCACCAAUCCUCAUCACCUUCCCUAUUGUUUUGAUAAAUCCAACCUUGAACUUGCACAGAAUAUUUUAAGUGAUAAGAUGACUUUUGGAAUAGUUUCAAUUAGAAAGAAAAUUAGAGAUCAUUUAAGUCACAUAAAAAAACCUACAGAUGUAUUUCUUGACGUAUGGAUUUUGAUGUACAAAAAAAUAUCGUCAGUUUACCAUUACGAUGAUGUGCCUCCUAUUGAUGGAUCCAUUGAAACUAUUGAUAAUUACUUCAGUAAUCUUCCUUUGAAUGAAGACAUGGAAAUUUACAGCGAAUACAUGGUUUCACUAGGUGGUAUAAUUAUGGCUAAAUGUUUUGAGAAUGAUGUACGUCAACCAAGUUUAAGAAGGAAGUUGGAGACCUUUAUUACCAAUAAAUUUCUUGGCUUAUUCUGUAAAGAAGUGAAGAAGAGAGAAAGUUCAAAAGAAAUUCUAAGUGUCUCUGUUCACCCUUUCUUAUGUGAGAUAAUGCUGAAAAAUAUCGAAUUAAUGCUACCAAGAUUUGAACUGUAUUUAAAGACAGGACAAUAUAAUAUUUGCGAGCUUUUUAUUAGCGUUGUCAAGUCCAUUUGUCAGGCUGAGGGUGACAGUUUGUUUCCCUACGCUGUCAGUUUGUGGGAAUGCAACUUUAAAUUACUUGAGAUGUUCAACAUCAGUAACAAUACUCCAGAAUUCCUAAGAUUGAAGAUAAAGUUCUGCAAAUUACAAGUCCUUUUUUUAAGUAAGCUAGAAGAUUUAUCCCUGAACGGUUCAAUUCUAGGAAAAAAUCAUUAUGCUAGAAUUGCGGCUAAUUAUCUCGAAAGUUCAUUUGAUAAUGAAGGAAGUAAAACUAAAACUAAAGUUUUGACUUUCAGUAUUCCAAAAACAUCAACAGUGAAAUCACAAAAGAAGAUGUCAAGUAAAAUGAAAGAAUUUAAGGAGACUGAAUUGAGUGAUUUGCAAAUGGACUUGAGAAUUGAGUCAUCAACAAUGUUGAAAUUGAUUUUUUACAGGCUACCAUUGGACUCUAUGAGUCACAACUAUGCCGGUUCGGAAGAUGAUAUGAGUGCUGCGAAUGUGGUGUUUUCUAAUUACUUCAAUCUUUUCGUUCGAUUGCUAGAAAAAACUGAUGGUCUCAAGAAAGAGAGCAGUGUUUAUGCAGCCACAAAUCAUAGAUCUGCUCUGAUCAACAAAGAAGUCAUACAAGCAUUAAUCAAUUUACUAAAUGCCAAUUUUGAUAUUGGUUUGAAAUAUUCUUUACCAUUGGGUAACCAUGCUAAUGAAUUGAUCAGAAUUUCCUUUAUUGAUGUCUUCUCUAAUAUUAUUAAAGUUGUUUAUGAAAAUUCUAAAGCUAUAGUUAAUAUCACUGAAUACUAUAAAGAGGGGGUUGAACUACUAACAUCGGAUACUGAUCUUUUCUUGGCUGCCUCUGUGAACUGUCCAAAAUCUGACCUUGAGCUAUUUGCUACAUCUAUUUUACAGCUACAAAUACCUGAAAAGAAGAGAAUGGAACUUUACAUAGCCUUGAUAAACUACGACAUUUUACACACCUACGAUAAGAACGAAAUUCUAAGAUCAAAUACUGUUGCAACUAGGGUAACUGCUUUGUAUUCGUAUGAUGAAGCUGUUGAAUACUUGAUUGGAAUAUUUAGACCAAUAUUCCAAGAUAUGCUCAACAAUGAAAAUUACUUUGAAGUUGAAAAGGUUGAACAUCAGAAUGAAGAAGAGAAGGAAAAAAAUUUGGCCAUCUUUUUUGAGUACCUAAACCGCAUUUCAUGUGCAAUAUAUAACUCAAUUGACAAUAUGCCAAUUGGUAUUAGAUUAAUAGCACGGACAAUAUAUGACACUAGUCGUCGGGUUAUGCCAGGAAUUGAAUAUACUCCGCUCAAUGCUUACUUGUUUUUAAGGUUAAUCAAUCCCACUAUUGUUUCACCAGAAAGGUUAGGUAUUGUUGACUCCGUUAACCCUCCAUUUAAGAGGUCUUUGAUUCAGUUGGCCCGUGUCUGUCAAUCACUCGUCAAUGAAGCACCUAUAAGGUUACCUAUUGUGGAAGACAAAGAGGAAGAGCUUGCUGCAGUAAGGGGAAAACUUUUCGCUUAUAUGAGAGAAAUAGUUGAUUUUGAGUUUGAGAAAGCAUUCAACAAGUUGGACGAUUCUAUAACUGAAGACCCUGAAUCGCUUUUGGAUAACUCUACUAAGGAAAAUUCUCUCUAUUAUUUGCAUUCCUUUUUUUAUGAUCACAACUUGAGUAUCAGGAAAACUUAUUGCAAUAUAUCUUUUGGUUAUACGACCAUGGAUAAGAAGAUUGAGCAUUCUAGAUGGGCUGACAGAAUUUUGAGUAAACUCAAAAUACCAAGAAGGUUGAAAGAGUAUCAAAUCCCUGAAAGCGUGAAGAAUGAUAAAUCUCCUAAAGGAAUUCUACUCUACGAUUUUAUGACGAGAACAGCUUUGGCUUCUGAAGAUUUCUCCUUUAUUAAAGUUCUGAUAACCAAGGAUGGGUUACCAAUGAUUUGCAUCAGUACGUUAGAACUCGACCCAGAUUUUUCCGUUACAACUUAUACGUAUGGUUUCUUGCAAACUGUCACAAAAUUCUGGGAGUCUCCUUUCUGUUGCCUUGUUGAUCUUACUUCAUUCUCCGACUUUACUUUAUUUGAAAAAGUCAGAAAUAUGGCUAUAUCUAUGUUGCCUUCACAUUUCGCAUCUAACUGCAAGCGAACAUAUUUACUCAAUAUGUCUUCUUCCUUUUUCCUAGAGUUUAAGAAGAUUGCUUUCAACUUUGAGGAAGACAUUGCAACAGAUUUUGUAUUCAUGACUACCAAUGAUGAUCUAAAGACAAUGAAUAAAAAUAAUCUUGUGGGAUAUGUAAAUCCAGUCUCACACGAUAGUAGGGUUUCUUUUCAUGAUGUCAGUAUUUACCAAGAGUCAAGCAAUCGAUUCAUACCUGUGAAAUUGAAAAUAGGUGAUCAAUUUUUACAAAUUAGUUCUGCUUUGCCUCAAAGAAUCAAGAUACUGAACAAGAUGCAUGUCGUGAAUUUGGUUGAUUGUUACAAAUUAAGUGAUUUAAGCGAUAUCAACUCUAGCUCUUAUACUGGUGUUGCCAAUGAAAUAUCCUUUAUGAAUAUCAAAACUAAUACUAGAAUCAUUUUAACUUCUGUUAAAAAAAUCGAAAUCAUGCGAACUCUUUACUUUUCAAGAGCAAGGCUAAAUAACAAUGUUUAUGUUGAAGAUGAUCACAGCGAUUCUUCUAAUCCUAAGUUUAUAGUCGGCCAACUUUUAAAUACCGCAUUUUGCGGUCUUACUUCUGAAGCCGACGAAAUCAGAAAGUCAUCAUAUGCACUUCUGGCUUCAAUUAAACAGUCUGCAAAUUUGAAGACCGAGUUAUCAAUUGAAAGUAUUGAUGGAGUUAUAUUUCCUUAUGGUAACAAUGACUAUAUUAUACAGAUAUCUGCAAACAUUGCAAGGAAUCAUCCAGACUUGACAUAUGCUUUUAUUCAUGGAUUCUUCAAUGGUUUUACCAAAAUGUCCGACGAAGAGAAAAAAAUGAUGGUUUUAUGCGUUUCCCCUUGGGUCAAAAAUAUCUAUCGAUACGUUUAUCAUUCCGAUUCAUUAAUGGGUCCGACUAGAACUCGUGAAAUCAUAAGAAAAUAUGUUCUUGCCAGUAGAGAAAAUAUUAAUCAUAAAAUAUUUUCUUUAUUCAUUUGGCCCCAACUUUCAUUGGAAGACGGUUUAAUCGACAUCAUUAUUGAUGAAAUUGUUACAGCCUCGAUUGACUAUGAAGCAGAAGGAAACGAUUGGAAUCAAAUCACGAAAUACUGGCCAUUGAAGUCAUCAAUUGAAAUAUGUAGUGUUAUAAUUAGCAGAUUAAAGGAAAAGUCUUAUAAUUUGCCAUUAAAGGAAACUGAAAUUGAAGCUCAUACUAGAUGGAUUGAAACAACCGUUUUGGCCAAGUUCCUGUCAUACUUGAUUUUCGAUUCAUUAUUAUUUGUUGACCGUUACAUCGGAGACAUUUUCUAUAUUGUCACCAUCUAUAUGGAUUAUGGACCAUUAGAAUUUCGGAGGUCAUUAUUACACCUAUUAACGAGAACGUUCCAUUCCUACCUAUCAAAGCCACAUUUGAAAGCAGAACAACACCAACUAAUCAGAAAUCAAAUUGAAUUACUAAAUGGAGCAAGGUUCCGGAUGCUUUUUGGUUUGACCAGACAGGACGGCGAGAAUUUCUUGACUCCCAACCUUAUUGCUUCAGAGAUUAGUACUAAAGCCAUUGCUGUAUCUACGCUCUGCAACUUGCUAACCAAAUUCUUGGAAUAUGAUUUAGACCAGGAUGAAUAUGCGUUACAAAUGGUUAAAUGGAACUCAAGUGUCAGCAAGAUUGCGUUCAACAAUAAUUCACAACUUCAACCUCGGGGUAUAUUGGUGUUAGGUUCUUUAACAAAACAAGGAGUUUCAAGCAGAUUAAUUUUGAAGUUUGUUGAAUUAGUUCAGCAUGUUGUCAGAAAUUAUGCCAGAGAUAAUUCCAAUAGAAACCCACCUGAUUAUAACAUGAUAGUAUGUACAAUGCAUGCCUUUGGCAAAUGUAUUGACGGGAUAAAUAGUAAAUCUAGCUUUCAUCCAUUGAUGUUUUGGGGAAACUUGACAACUGCAUUGAGUGAGAAUGUUAAUACGUUCAUAUAUAGUAUUAGCUUCAUAAGGCUAACUUUCAUGAAGAUAUACGAAUACCUUAAAGAGACAGAUAUUUCAUUGGUUGAUUAUUUGCUUCAAUACAAAAAUGAACAUUUUAACACUGUUGAAGAAGCACAUGGAUUCUCUCUAACAAGAGAAACUUUUGACAUCAUUUUAGUCUCCUUGUGUUGCAAGGGCUUAGAAUCACCAAUUUCAUAUGACAAGUCUGUAACGGCUCUCAAAUCAUUGCUAGAAAUUAGAUAUGCUGAACAUAUUAGGUUUUCAACUGACAUCUACAAUGAUUAUAUGUGCUACAUGUUCUUCAUAUAUCUAACCGCAAAUUCAGAUGAAGAGCUGAUCUCAAGUAUUGAACAAUGUGGGUUGAAAGACCUUGAAUAUAUUGACGGAGGUAUCUGCAAGAUUCCCAAAUGUUUGGUUGAUUGGUUUGUUCAGCCAACACUAAAUGUUUAUUCAACCAGUCUAGGUACAACUAAUUACUAUAUGAAUCAAAAACUCGAUGAGCUUGCAUCGAAUAGGGUUAUUGCAUUUAUUCUUGAAGUUUACAAGUUUGAUCCAAAGACCAUAUUGAGACUAUAUAAACAUAUCAAAAAGAUUUUGGAGAAAUUUGUGGAAUCUUCUGGUGCUCCAAGUAUACUUGAAAAGGUAUUAGACGUCAUUAUUGACGUGAUAAAUAUCGAAGGAUACGAAUGUUAUGAAACCUUUGAUACGGAAUGGGUGGAAAAGAUGAGACAACACAAUAUCAACGGAAUUUCUGAAUUCAUAUUGCUGCGUGAUAACUUGCCAGAAAACGAAAAAGUAUACGAAAGAAGGGCAAAACGAUUGGACAUGUAUGAUAUGCAGUUGCAAAUCAUUGAACAAUCAUAUAAGGAGAAAUUUGAAGAACUUUGA